CAGCGCAUCAGUCGCUCUCGGAGCGUUGUCGUGAACGGUCAAGCAGCGCGGCAAAUCAAAGCCAGCAACGUGUGCCCAAUCGUCGCCGUCUCCAGUGUUGGGAGACUAGCUCAAAACUCGAACACAAAUUGCGAAACAGCAACAACAAAGAAUUCAAAAUACAAAAUACGAAAUUCGGAAAGAAAGAAAAACAAACACCCAAGUCAAAGUAAAUGUCAAUUCCAAAAUUUUGCAAUGCUUCAAAAAGCCGGCAAAUAAUAUAAUAUUCAAAUUAUUUUGUUGUUUCUACAAUAAUUUUUUUUUAAUUUUUUUUUUAAUUGUGAGUGUGCUGCUCCUGUUCAAAAAGAGUGCAACGCCAGCAGCCAAGUGCAGUGUUAGAAAGUGCGCACGGCCGCUGAAAACAGAGCCAAAGAGAAGUUAAUCUAAAUUAGAGAAAAUCAACAGAAGUAUAUCAAGAACACAGUGCAAACGAAUUGAGACAACAACUGAGAAGUGGCCAAAGACAACGCCAAAAUGAAUCCGACGCCCGUGGGCAUUGGAUUCGGAUGCGGCCGCAAACCUCCCAACAAUGCCAAGAAGCGCUCCCGGUGGCCCCCACCAACACUGCGAGCAGCAACACCCGCCACGGCAACAGCGACAACGAAGGCGACAACAACACCAACACUCAACAGAAAACAACAACACAUACCACAGCUGAGCCCACACAGAGCCAGCUGCAACAGCAGCAGCAGCAUCAGCAGCAGCACCACCAGAAGCAGCAACAGCAGCAGCUGCAUCAGCAGUCGCUGCACCCAAAUGAUCCUGAUCCUAGCACUGGCCAUCGUGGCCCUAAACAACGUGGAUAGCUUCCUUCCAGCACCAGCAGCAGCCUCGCUGCUCGGCGAGUCGCGACUUCGCCAUAAUCCAGGUAAGACUCCCAGCAUAAUCCUCAAUAAUAUAUAA